AAUCAUUGUCUGGGAAAAGACGUUGUGUUGUUGUUUGGUUCAGAAAGUGAUUGUGCAAAUAAAGGGAAUAACGCAUAAGGCAACUCGAGCAAUUGGUUCAUUUUUCAACGUUUCUUUCCUUCCUUUCCUCCAUCUUGCGCUGCCCCCCAAACUCCUCUAUCAACUAUUAACUUCAGCUACAUUUCUGUAUACAGAUCGCCGUUGUCAUCUAGACGGCAACCCUUUUUGAUUUUAAACACCUUUUUUUCCCAAGACGUCCAACCUGCGCGCCCCAACCCACACCACCGUUUCGCCUUCGAGCUCAAUUAGCGUACGGAACGGUGCACAUAGGAUGGCAAACCCUUCUUCAUCACACCAUGAGCGUGAGCGUGAACGCGAACGUGAACGAGAGCACCGUCACCGCUCAGAGCGACACCACCAUCACCGAACCAUUUCUUCCACAACCCUUCUACUCGUCCUCUCCCUAGUCCUUGCAGUCCUCGCUGUCAUGCUCUCGCUGCCCGCAUCCAGUAGCGCAAGUGCAAAGGGAGCAGAGGAUCCUGCUGCAUCUGGACUUUGGGGCUAUCUGACUCCCAAACGCUCACAAGCUCUCGUAGCUCGUGAGGGCUCUGUUGCUGCCCGUGAAGCUGAAGUAGCUCGCCGGGAGGCAGAACUUCUCGUCGGCGCGCCUGGUGGUGUGCUUCCUACCCAGGCUCCAGUUGUUUGCCCUAUGUGCCCCACCGCCACGGUCGUAGACUUCGCGCCUGCACAGACUAUCAUUAAAGAAGUCGUGAAGGAGGCAGACCUUGCACCUCCAGGUUGGUGGAAGGAGGCCAAUGCCCGCGCAGAAGAUAUUCUGGAUCGUGAGCUCAGAGUUGGCGAUCGAGAACGCGAGAUUACGCGUCGCGAGGAGAGUGUCAACAGGAGAGAGCACGACGCUUCCAGACGCGAAGCUUGGAUAAUGGAACAACUUGUUCUCAUCAACAACGAUGGAGCUUCUCUCGAGGAAGAAGUUUUCUAUGAGCCUGCUGGUGGCAAGCGGAAACUCAAGGAGCUUCCUCCCAUCUUAGUCGCUGAAACAGAAACCAGAACCAUUAUCCAAUACGAAACUUUACCGGCCUUGACUGUCACAGUUCCCCCACCUGCUAAUACCCGUUUUGCUGCAUUCCCUACGCCUGAAGCCUUUUCAUCGUCCUAUACCACGCAAAUUCCUAGAACCACCGCCGUCACCUACGAAGAAGAGAUUAUUCGGGAGCCUUUGAGGCCUGAGGAGAUGGAUGAGUACGAGGUGGAAGAAUACGAGGAUGAUGAUGUGAGAGCAGUCACAGUGCGCCGCAAUGCCCGGCCGACCCGGCGCCCGCCACCUGCACGUGGCUGGUUGUGGUAAUCGGACCUUCUCCAAUUUUAUCUUUUUUGACCUCCAUCCCCUUGCCUCAUCUUUAUUCUGCUUGCUUUAUUCUUCUUCAGAGUUAUCAUUCUACUUCAACCAUGCCAUCUCCCUUUUGUACACCUUACACGACAACUCACGGUUCACGGACUGCGUUUGACACGUACGGAUUGAGACGGCUUCAUGACGAUAGGAUACCUUACUUUCUUGAGUAUGUAGAAUAGGUUAGGCUACAAUCGUUCGAGUACUUAUAGCCCCUGCUGAUGAAAAUAUACGUUGCGGCGGGCCUUCGCUGUGCAUACUUUCUAUGGUUGUGGGAAAUUUUCAUGAACCUCGUGUUAAG